AUGCGCGUAUUUUAUUUCAUAAAAGCUCUCCAAAUUACGAUGGCUGCAAUCGGAAUCUAUCGGCUUCUGUUUGUCGAAGAACUAUGUGAGAUACGAGAAGUUCAGAUAGUGGUUGCAAGAGACCCCAGCCUUGAAGAAACUCAUGAGGAAAAUCUGAAGAGUGAAACGCUAACAUCGACAACAGUUACAAAGCAUACAGAGCUUCAGUCGUUACAUUCAUCUGUGCAAGUCGUCACCACUGAAACCAGCAAGGUACAGGAGACAACGACGGCGGAGAAACUAGGACUAGGAAAGUCAACUAAAAAGCUGCAAUCUUCGACUACCGACUCAGGCAAGAGCACUGCAAAAGAAUUUUCGAAUACUGCCGAUAGUUCUGUGAAGAAAAUAGUGAAAAAAGUGCUGAAUAAUGAUGAUAUUCCCGUUAUGACGGCAGCGAACUCUAGUGAAGAAUUCGACAACGAUGACGGAAACAGUACUGCUUCAUUCACAGUGAUGGUGACUGAAACCUCAACUAAGGCAGCAGUGGUGAACGAAAAGGCAGUAAGCAACAGGACGAACGACUACGUAAACGAGCACCUACUGCAAACUGCUAAUGAUAAAGUUCCAGAGGAAGCAUUCAGAAAAUCAGGCGCUAAGAUUAAACUUGUAAAUAGGGUGCAUAAUUGCUUACCGACUGGCAUAGGAGAUAUACUCGGGAUUGGCGUCGUCGACCUUCCAUAUGCUGCAGCUAUUUGUGUUCCAAUCAUCUGCUUAAUGGUGAGCAUUAUGAUCGCCUCUUUCAGCACCAUGAAUGCGUACAUGAACUUCUACAGGCCACACCGAGUGGUCGAUCGCCCUGAAUACGAAAAUUCAAUCUACAUGAGCACUGUUGAAGUCAAUGAAGAGAAUACGCUUUAA